CAUCUAUUGACUAUAUAUAGAUACUACUUCAUGUUUUCAUAACAACCUUAAGCCUUCAUAUUUUUUUGAAUUCAUUUCUCUCCUUUUCUCUGUCUCUCUGAAUCUAAUAGAUUAUUUUCUCCACAAAGAUCAAAGCUUUUCAUGGCCGUUCGUAUAUUGACCAUCUGGCUUUUCAUAGUCUUCGCCAUCACCGUCGUGGUCUCGCCGUUGCCAGUUUCUUCAAGAAAGCUGUUGGAGAUGAAGAAACAAGAGAACUUGACCGUGAGAGAGGAAGAGAAGAAUCACAUGCCUCACGUGACCAAAACCACAACCCUAACUGCUCUGCCAAAGGGAAAAAUCCAAAACUCGACGCCGAGCAAAAAGGGUUACGCCGUCAUCUCCAACGUAAAGCACCGAUCUCGACAUCUCUCCACCGUUUACCGGCUUCUUCAGUCCGUUCCCAGUCCCGGCGUUGGCCAUUGAUAGUCUCCGUUAAGACUCCUACUUCAUUUUUGCUUUAAUUUUUUUUUUGGUCAAGUUAGUACAUU